AUGCCUUAUUCUGAACUUUUGAGUCACAGACCAGUACUUGCAUACAUUGACAACAUCAAUACAGAUAUAUUUGGAGCAAACCUCUACAACAAUUAUGUACAGAGACGCACCCAACUAAAGAGGAAAGAAAAUGAAGAGGUUGUUGCACAUGUGAGAGUUCAAGCUGGAAUGAGAAGAGAGACGGGACUUUCUCGAAUGGGAAUCAUACAAGAUGAAGAUUUCAAUUUGGAAGUUGAUGAAGGUGUAACCUCUUGCAAGUCUGUCCUUGUCCAUACAGGUGUUUAUAACCAAAAUGUUGAUGAAGGAGAUUACGAUCAUUCCCCACGAGAUUUCCUCCUAGCCGAAGUAGCUCAGAAAGAACCUACUUAUAAAGUAGAAAAUGUUCUUAGUGCUGUAGACCUGAUUUUUAAUGAAGAGAAUUUUGCAUGAUGUAUAUUUUCUUGCUUAUCAAGACAAAAUUUUCUGAAGUUUUAUUCCUUUACCAUUCCAUAUGUUAAAAGUAGCUAUUUCUUUGGAAGUGUGAUUAUAACCACUCUUAGCAAAAAUAUUAAUUAAAAUGCAUCUCCAGUUUUCCCCUUAUUUUACAUGUAAUUGGAAACAUGUAUUAGAAUUAUUGAACAUACUGAUUAAAAGCAGUAAUAAUCAAAUCCCAAUGGUAGAUAGACUUCUCAACAAGAUUUAGACAUUUUCAAAAUAUACAGUGUUAUGAUCUUACAUAAUAUUUUAUGUAAGCUGUUUCUGUCUUAAUACAAGUGCACCAUAUAGCCUGAUACGUUUGUGUAGAACAGUUCACUUAAGAAAUGGUGCUUAUAUCUAAAUAGCAUACGGGAGGUUUGAAUUGUUUUCUAUUGCCUAUACUUGGACUAUAUAGUAGAUUAAAACUUUAUAUCUGGUUUUAUUUGUUUAACGUGAAAGCUAAUUUUUUGUGUUUUAUAAUUGUAUACUUUAGAGAUGUGUUUGAACGCUUUGCAGUUUUCUUUAUAUUUUACAAAGGGUUCAACCUAUUCUGCUUAUAUCAACAAAGAAUCUAUUAGUUUAGUAUGAUUUACCCAAAAAUUAAAACACACAAUAAAAAGAAAGACUGUAAUCCUUAUAGAACAUAUUUUGUGAAUUAAACAGUUUUUAAUGCACUCCCCACAUAUUCUGUGAUUAUGAAAUCCAGUAUUCAUAGGUUUAAUUUGAACUUUGAUAAUUUUCCUUUUGUCAAGGUUUCUAGGAUGAGUAAAAUUAGCUAAAAGAUCAUCAAGUUAUUAUAAAGUUAAACUGAGAAGUCUAACUUUCAUAUAACUUUUAUAAUGGGGAGAACAAGACUUGUAUAUAUACAAAAGCUAACACUUUUAAUUACCUGUUUACUUACAUUGGGAUUAGAAAUUGUUCAUCCAAUUAUUUGAACUUUUCCAUGUAAACUAUUUAAAAACUCAAGUAAUAUUUCGUCACCAUAGAGUUAACAUAAGUAAUGCACUUAUUUGUGCAUUUCUUUGUUUGUUUGUUCAAUAAAAGAUAAAAAAAAAUGACAAUUCAACUAAAAAUCAAACAUAUAUAUAAUGUAUAUAAAAUGUUAUUCCUCCUGACGUAUUCUAAUAAUGAAGCAGGAUGCCCAUAUAUUAAGCAACUAUGCAGUCUUUAUUGAGGUCACUAAAGUAACCAUGUUUCCUUAUUCCUGCAUUAAAGUGUGUUACUUUCUACUCUUCCACUUGCAACUACAGGGUGUCACUUUCAUAUUUUUUAGAACAUAGUAAUAACUCAAUUUUAAUUCAUUUAAACACUAAAGGUAGAGUCACUUAUUUUGAGUUUAUUAAUUUCUUCAAGAUGAAAAAACUUAAUAAUUUAGUCAAGUGUUGAUGAACACUAUAGUAGUAAAUCUUUGGAAAACUUUAAAUUGAUGCAUCACUUAAAUAAAUAAAAUAAUAAUAAGGUAUAAUGUGACAUCCUCAAACAGGGCACCUGUUUUUUCAUUCCAACAACUGAUGGAUUUACCACUUACUUUAAGACAUCACUGCCCAUUCCUUCUCUUUGUCAGUACCAUAUGAUAUCCCCUCACUCUCCUCAUCCAGCUUUGUCCAUAACAAGUACUGUAUAAAGCUAUGACCAGAUGGUUUCUCCACCAAUAUGAUUCUUACUCAAAUAGACAUUGCUAGUUUCUGUGUAAUCAAUCAAAUGAACAAAAAUGAUAAUUAUUAGGACUAGUUACUAUUUCCUUACAUCCCCAAAUAUUGUACACCUCAAAAUAAUACAGUUAUCUCUUUGUGGGACAGUAUGUAUUUUGUGGGGAAGGAAUGUUUAAAUUGGGACCAUUCCCAGAUUCAUUGAAUGAAAUUGUACAUUAUAAUUGAUGUAAGAUAAUACUGCAAGCUCAAUAUAUUAUAUUGAUUGUGUAUGCACAAUUUUUCAUGGUUAGAAAGAAGUAUAAAUUUGAACUUGUUUAGAAAUUAUUGACUGGCCCUGUGAAUGAUUUUAUAUUGCAUAAUAGUUAUUCUUCAAAAGUGUACCUUAUGUGCAACUGUUCUUUUAGAAUUAAGAUUUUAGUGAAAAGUGCUUAUGCUGAUUUGUUGAAAUUUAUGGAACUAAGCCAUUAGUCAUGCCUCUUCUGAGCAUGGAUAGGGUCAGUUCUUUGUAUCCUUGUAAAUAAAAGUUUGAUUUUCAUGAAAA